UGAGCAGGUCAGUUACUUGGGCGUAGCCAUGUGGAACGGUGCACUGAUCGCGAUCGUGGUGUUAAUGGUGGUGUACUGUAUUUGGGACGUCCGUAAGCCAAAGAAGUUUCCACCCGGCCCACAUUGGCUUCCAUUUAUAGGUAGUGGAUUGGUGAUGCUAAAGCUAGUCCGUUCCCUUCAAUACUUUCAUCUGAUGUGGCUGGAACUCUGCCAGCAAUACGGUUCGAUUGUUGGUGUUCGAUUCGGGCAAGAUCGGAUAAUCGUUGUCUCGGGACGUGAAGCAAUCCGUGCGAUGUACGCAAAGGAACAGUUUGAUGGCCGUCCGGAUGGAUACUUCUUUCGGAUGCGUUCAUUCGGUCAGCGCCUAGGAGUGGCCCUGACCGAUGGUCCAAACUGGGAGAUACAGCGUAAGUUUGCUGUUCGUACGAUGAAACAACUCGGCAUGGGCAGAAACGAAUUUCAGCGCGUGAUUGAGCGAGAAGUGCAAGAGUUGGUCCACAACUUUCGGAAACGGGCGAACGCUGGUGAAACAUUUCCCAUGAGCGGUUCCAUGGAUGUGGCGUUGCUGAAUGUGCUUUGGGUGUUGCUGGCGGGUCAGCGGUUCGAGCUGGAGAACGAGCGAUUGGGCUGGCUUGCAGAUACAAUUCACCAAACGUUUCAUGUGAUCGAUGUGUCUGGGGGAACGUUGAACCGGUUCCCUUGGUUGCGGUUUGUAUGUCCGGAAAGUUCCGGGUACGGUCCGAUGUUGCGAUUAUUAAAGCCUCUUUGGGGGUUUCUUGAGGAAACGAUUGAAGCGAUCAGGAAGAAUCCUCACUGUCCCAAUCGACGUGACAGUCUCAUCUCGGCGUUCUUGGUGGAGAUGUCUCGUGCGGAGCAUCACAACUCGUUCACCGAUUCGCAGCUCGUCAGCGUAUGUCUCGAUCUGUUUCAGGCUAGCAUUGAAACGAUCAGCAGUGUGAUUGGAUUCGCGUUCCUCUACAUGUUGCACCACCCGGAUGUGAUGCGUAAGGUGCAGCAGGAACUGAAUUUUGUCGUUGGACCUGACCGUUUACCAACGGCUAACGAUCGACCACAGCUACCGUACACCGAGUCCGUAAUACUGGAAGUAGAACGUAUUGCGACCGUUGUUCCGGGUGGACUAGUACAUCGGGCCAUGGAAGAUGUGGAACUGUGCGGAUAUCUUAUACCAAAGGAUGCGAUUGUGUUGCCGCUACUGUACUCUCUUCAGAUGGAUCCGAAAUAUUGGACCGAUCCAAACGUUUUCCGACCGGAGCGAUUCCUCAGCGAGGAAGGAGAUCGUGUGGUGCAGCAUGAUCUUUUCAUACCCUUUGGAGCGGGUCGACGACGUUGUCUCGGGGAAGCACUAGCUAAGCCGGCUGUAUUUCUCUUUUUUAGUGCGAUUCUGCACAGCUUUGCGAUUGAAUGUGCAGACAAGGAACUACCAUCGUUGAGUGGAGUCGAUGGUAUAACGUUGUCCCCUCAACCGUUCACACUAAGGUUAUCGGAUCGGGUGUGUAGGUAG